CUGCCGAGCACACGGUUCUCAUAAAGACACCGUACGUACCAGGGAACGAUGUUCCGAAAUCCUCCCCUCCGGAAUGCAGCGAUAUCUGGGACCAACACCAUGUGAAAAUGCCUUAUUCACCUCGUUCGCUGUAUAUGGAUUCCGAUGGUACCCAAAUCUCUCGCUGGAAGCUGAUUGAGAGAAGUUUGCUCGCUCCGAUAAACUCAUUCCACGAUCUGAGGGGAGCAAUCCUAGAUUAUAAUGGUGGUUUCUCCUGGGAUAUGGAAGAGCUUGAAGAUUUCUUGGAAGAGAUGACGCGGGAUGAGAGAGCCUCAUUCUUCGAGAACCUCCUGCCGUCCAUAAUCAAGCUGGCUCUUCGAAUGCCGGAUAUAUGCACAAGACCGCUGCCCCUGCUGACCAAAGGACGCUCACACAGUAUAACGAUGUCCCAAAAGCAGGCGUCCUGCCUUCUGGCCAAUGCGUUCCUUUCAACGUUUCCGCGGAGGAAUACCACGAAGCCCGACACUCAAUUCUAUAAUUACCCGAGCAUAAACUUCCACACCCUAUUCAAUCGCUGUUUUCGAGAAAAAAGAAGAAGUUGCCGGAAGGAGAAGAUCAGAUGCCUGUUGAACUAUUUCCGACGAGUGACGGAGAAAGUGCCGGUCGGUAAUAUAACCUUCACUCGGGUGAGACUCCGCUGCAGUCUAGGCUGGGAAAGUAGUCAGGCCCGACUCCAGCAGGCCUUCGUAACUUCAGAGGGUUUGAUCGAGGACCAAGGAUAUGGAAUGUUGAUGGUUGACUUCGCGAACCGAAAAGUGGGCGGAGGGGUAUUACGCGACGGUUGCGUUCAAGAGGAGAUCUUGUUCGUGUUGUAUCCUGAGCUCAUAUGUGCGAGACUUUUCACCGAGGCACUAGAGGAUGACGAAGCAUUGCUCGUUACCGGCGUAGAACGUUUUAAUCAACACGAAGGCUUCAGUGAUGAAUUCCGAUGGGCCGGAAACGUCUCAGAUUUCGCAGAGCGCGAUCCUUGGGACCGGAAGUACACGCAGAUCGUCGCCAUAGACGCACUCGAACAUCGGGGGAAACGGGAACAGCGAGAGCAGUUUGCCGUGGACAAAGUUCUUCGAGAAUUGGUCAAGGCGUUUUGCGGCUUCCAAACCCCGGGCUUCCCUAGAUCGUGUCUGGCGACCGGCAAUUGGGGGUGCGGGGCUUUUGGCGGGGACGCCCGUCUGAAGUUUCUUAUCCAGUGGAUGGCGGCUUCAAGGGCGGGUCGCCAGUUGACUUAUUUCACGUUCGGGAACCACGCGCUCAUGUGUGAGCUCCGAGCGUUGCAGACCCUCAUCAGUGAACAGAACAUCUCAGUUGGAGACGUUUUCCUGCUUCUGAAGCGCUAUGAUCGAUUGUACAUAUCAAACGAAACCCGAGGUCAGCUUUCAUUGAGCGAGUACUUGUUCCAAAACUUCAGCUCCCAAGAUUCAGAGUGAAGUCGUGUGGAGGAUGCGGUUCAAGUUCGGAAGUUUAGUUCAUAGUCUCGAAAUAAAACUCGUUGGACGCGUCGCUUGUGUCACCACUUU